UCAUCAGAUGCCAUUAUCCAGUAUCAGAUACAGAUCACAUAUUAUAUACAUACCAGAGAGUAAUGGGGUAAUGAUUUCAUUAAUAAUAGGUUAUAACUGAGAUUGAAAUGGAAAGUGCCCCUGAAAUAGAAGUGUACCCAAGAAGAGAAAAUCACUUGUAUUUAGAACAAACUGUAAGUUUAAUAUCUAUGUGCAGAGUGUUUACAGAGCUCUAUGAAACAUUCAUUUUUCAAAUAAAAUGAUCUAUGGUGUACUGAUGUUGCAUAGAGGCGCUCCUCAGGUGCUGCCGCAGGCCACAUAGCUUCAGUGACCUUACGCCCAUGUGGUUUUGGGGCAUGUGUGCCAUAGGCCAGCAGUGACAUUGUGAUGGAUGGAGGCUCUCAGUACAGCAGCGGUAACUGGAGGCCCUCUACUAAGCGUCCCUCUGUCACGUUUGACCUCCAUUUUCCUCCAACUUACACACUGUCACGCAGCAGCCGAAAGGCCCCUGGACGUCAGCACGUAAGUGAUGGAGAUUUCGAGAGAAGAGGAAGGAAGCUCAGGGGCCACAGCUAACAUCACAUGUAUAGUGUUUCAAGACAAUAUCACCAUAGAUGAUUCCACAUUUCCAGCACAUAAUAAAUAAAAUCCCAUUAAAUCAGCUUUGGAAUCAGUUUUGAGUUGAUGUCAGACAGAUAUUCAUGUUCCAGUUUCACAAAAUGACACAGUAACAGACAGGCUGUCUGUAUUUUCACCUGUUUUUUAUGUGCGGCCUGUUGUUGUUGUGCCCUGCAUGUCCGGAUAUGUGUCUGUGCAUGCUUUUUUCCAAUGCCUCUGCGUCUAGUCACUGCAUGCUGUGCACAUAUGUGUCAGUGUUAAUGAAAGGGCUUUGAAGUUUACCUUUAGCACUCAGCCUUUAGCAAUCUAUGUACAGUCAGAGAUGGAGAGAAGGGCAAACCCAGCAGUUUAACAUCUUUAAGGCUGACAUAACAGUUUAACGGUGAAUUGAGUGUAUGUCUUAACUAACUACAAUCUAUUGAUAUGAUAUUAUUCAUUCAAUCAUUAUCUUCAAGUUAGUCUUUUUUCUUAAAACAUCUAUUCAGCAUGGCAGAUGGCUGCAGAUUACAGGAUAUGUGAAUACAUAGGGUGUUUGACUUUGGCUCAGUUUUUGUGAAAGUCUGCUAUCAGUAAAAGCUUUUGUUUAAUUUGUUAAUCUGAUGAUCUGUCUGUUUGACACAUAGUCUUGUUUUCUGUUGCCCCUGGAAGCAGUGUCUCAUAAGCAAGACUGGAUUACAAACCAAAUAGAGCAUGCAACUGCCCAUGGACCCCAGACUUCCAGGGGCCCUGAAAGCUCCAGGCUUACUGUGUGUCAACAUCAUUCAUUUAAUUAAACCAAAUAAUUAUUUGGGAAUAUGCAUCAGUGAUGCACAAUAUCAACUGCCAUGACAACGGCCUUAACACUCUACUGCAUAUUAUUCUUCUCUGUGGCAACAGAGUCUUUUUGACCCUGAAACCCUCCCAGUUAUAAAUACUUUAAUUUUUACAUGUCACACAUGACAUGUUUUUGAAUGAGGAGAGUAAGUGGGCAAAAUGUGUGAAUCGAUAGUCUGAGGAUAGAGGGUGCCAUAUGCUGUGAAUGGUGAUGGUAAUGUGAUAGUAAAGCUAGUUGAGGCAAAAUUGUGAUCAAUGAUGAAAUCAAUGUAUCUUGUUGGAAAAAAUAAAAGCUAGUGCAUCAGUGUCUGAAGAAGCAUACUUCUUCCUAAACUGUGAUUUCCCAUUUGUUGCCUCAAGGCAAAGUUAUGCAGUUAGGGUACUUGUUAACUCAAUGCCAUUCUGAUUGAGAUGCAUAACCAUGUAGAUGUACACCCCAGUCAAUGAUUUUGCUAUUCUGCAACACAUGGUCAUUUUAAGGUCUACAAACAUUUUUUUUUUUUGACUGAUUACAAGAUCCAAAACUUAAAAAACAAUAAUGUAACAUUUAAUUUAAUUUUAACACUUUCAGCGCUAUACACUCAGCAGUGUACAGCUAAACAGCAAGAGUGUGUUUAGCUGUAUUACAGUAUCAUUCUCUUAGUCAAGACCCACUUCUGUCCUCUUUCGUCCUCUCAAAAUCUCCUGGCUCCUCCUGUUGCGCCUCCGCCGUGCGCGCUGGCGAAGCUCCUUCACUCGUUGCUUACUGGAGAGCCACAGAGCACACUGGCACUUCGGAGUUUAAACCAAACUUUUCCCCUAAGGAUUUUACAUUCUAAUGUGUGUUCAUUCUCUGCUCUGUGCAGCUCUUCCCAGUUUCUAACACCAGCGUUGUUUAUUUUGUCUUAGACGUUUCUGUUUUUGUUCUAUUUUUAAUUCAACUGUGCGGUUUCCUGGCUUGAUCCAUGUGGAAAUGGAAUAUGAGGAGGUCCCUAGAGAGAAACUAUCAAGGUUUUGAGGUAAGAGCAUCUAUAUUUCAUUACAACGAUUUGAGCUGAAGUAAUGAAAUAUUUAGGAAGCAAUUUGGCUGAAACCCCGCUCCAGUGCAAUGUGCGUGAUUUUCGAGUUUAUCCAUUCAUGGGGAGAUGGAGGCAGAGUCACCCACGAAACUUGACUGUCGUCGAAUGUCGGCUUUAUCCCCUUGAAAAUAGUUCUUAACAUGGAUUAAUGAUAAUAAUAAUAACUGCAUGUGUGAUGUCAACAUUAUAACUAUAAUAAUAAUAUUAUGUUAUUGUAGUUAUUACACGGACAGCUGCUGUAACUGCUCCUCUCCUGGAUAAAUAUGGACCCUCCCGCCCUGUGCGUCCUUCAGACCCUGCUGGUGCUGAUGAUCUUGCCCCCUGUUGCCUGUGUCCCUUGCCCCCGGCCGUGCUCCUGCCCCCAGCCCACUGAGCUCCACUGCACCUUCCGCUCCCUCAUUACCAUCCCAGCUGCUGUAUCUAAACAAGUGGAACGCAUGAACCUGGGGUUCAACAGCAUUAAUAAGAUCACAGACAAAUCACUGGCUGGUCUGAGGAAGCUGGAGGUUCUGAUGGUCCAUGGAAACGACAUCCACAGUCUACCAGAUGGAGUGUUCAGGGACCUUAUUUCACUACAGAUGUUGAAGAUUAGCUACAACAAACUGAAGGAGAUCAACAGACACACCCUCCAGGGUCUUUGGGCCUUGGCCAGGUUACACCUGGACCACAACCGACUGGAGUUCAUCCACCCAGACACCUUCCAGGGCCUCACCUCCCUGCGGCUGCUGCAGCUGGAAGGCAAUCGGCUUCAGCAGCUGCACCCAGCCACCUUCACCACCUUCACUUUGAUGGGCCACUUCCACAUCUCUACUCUGAGGCACCUCUACCUGUCAGACAACAUGCUGAUGUCACUGCACUCCAGGCUGGUGGCCACCAUGCCUCAGCUGGAGAACCUGUACCUCCAUGGUAACCCGUGGACAUGUGACUGCAACAUGAGGUGGCUCCAUGACUGGGAUAAAACCUCACCAGGUGUCUUAAAAUGUAAAAAGGACAGGGCCCUUCCUGGUGGCCAACUGUGUCCCAUGUGCUCCUCUCCCAGACACCUCCAGAGAGAAGAGCUCCAGGCUGUAGAGAACAUGGUCUGCAGCAGCCCCAUCAUCAUCUCUUCUCACAGGACUUCCCUACUUAAUGAUGUCGAGAGUGAGGUCUUGUCCACAGAGGACUUCAGGGAACCGUUUGGAAACAUCUCCCUGGGCCUGUCAGACGAACAUGGGAAUGAAGUGGAUCUGAAAUGUAGCAUUGGUGAGCCAAGAGAGCUUACCAAGAUCAACUGGGAGCAGAUCAACCAGCUUCAGCUGGCCUCCAACAUCACUUUGUCGGUGGAUCUUGAAUGCCCCGUUGAUAGAGAAAAAUAUGAGCAACUGUGGCGGUUAAUCGCUUACUAUAGCAAUGUGCCAGCCCACUUACAAAGGGGGAUUAUGCUCAGACAAGAGCCUCAUCCAACCUAUGUGUACAGACAGGACUCUGAGAAGGAUGCCCUGUACUACACAGGUGUUAAAGUUAAUAUCAUGGCCCAGCCGGCAUGGCUGAUGCAGACAUCUGCAGACCUUCAGCUGAACAGACUUCAAUCAUCAGCCAAGAUGGUAAAAUUGAUCCUGAGCACGGACUUCUCAGAGACAGUAGAGGUGGAGCUGUUGCAGAGACAUAGGAGGACAUGGGUCAUGACUGAGUCAACCAACAUGACUCGUAAAGUGAUGAGUGCUAUCCUGGGGAGCCCGAUUCAAAUGUACUGUAACGUGCACAGUUCUGGUCAACCGGUAAUCCACUGGAUGCUGCCAGACGGCUCCAAGGUGCAGGCACCGCACAGCAGUCCAGACAACAGGGUGUCUGUGUCUAGUGAUGGACGACUGGUCAUUAAAGCUGUCAGCCACACAGACACAGGAAUUUACUACUGCAUUGCCAAGCUUCAUGGAGACCUUGCUGUUCUGCCAUUCCAUCUGACAGUGCAGGAAUCCUCUAGCCCUCCCCCAGGGGAAGACACCACUGAUAUACCUAUAGAGGGAUUUGCAGGGAACCCCAUUUCAGUACCUUGCGCAGCCUCUGGUUCCCCUGAUGCUGAAAUUAACUGGAUUCUACCAAGCAACAACAUAGUUAGUUUCCAAGCCAACUCAUCCAGAGCUUUGGUCUAUUCCAACGGCACUCUACAUAUCCCACAGACUCAGUUAUUGGACAGUGGUCAUUAUAAAUGCAUCGCCAUAAAUCAACACGGUGUGGAUACGCUGGCUACAAAAAUCACUCUCGUCAGGAGCAAAGGGCUGAUAAGGCCUUUGAGGAAGUUUCCUGCAAGACCUCAGUCAGCCUCAGGGGUCAACGCUCAGAUUAAAGUUCCCACAAAGGAUACAGAGGAAGCAUCAGGAGACAUUGAGGUUACUCAGGUGGGGACUCCAGUGAGCCGCUUGGAUCCUUUGAGAAGGAGAAUUCCAGCAGGUGUGGUCCCAGGCAGGAGAGGUGUCCAUCCAUCGAGAAAUAUUUGGCGGAGGCCAGCAGUGGUUCGAAAACCAACAGGAUCACGUGUUGAAGACAGGAAAAAUAUAGUUGAGAGCAGGAGAAAGAUUAAUAUGUCAAAGAGUAAAAUAGACCCAGAGAAAUGGGCUGAUAUUUUGGCUAAGAUUAGGGAAAGAAAUACUCAGAAUACUGUGACACCACUCCCAGGUCAGUAUACGACAGAGAGGAAACUUACAAAGCAGAUAACACAGUCACAAGAAACUAUUGAGGGAUCAUCGGAUGGUUUGACUGUGCAGGAAAAAGAGGGCCAGGAUUACUUCACAACACCAUACAAUCCAGUACAACAUACACAAACGAAAACUCAUACACAAGGCCAAAGCACACACGAAACAUCUAAUACCUACACUGCACAUAAUGCACAUCAGCAAACACACAGCAUACAUGCUACUGCAGAGCCACACACAAUACAGAGUACAUACAGUGUACCACACACAAGCCGUGAUAUGAACUUGGAUCUAUCCACAACUUCAAACAGUGUAUUUUUCCUCGCACAGACUACAUCUGUUCCUCUACAGGCUGUCACUUUCUGGCAGGCUAGCACAAACACUGCAAGCAGCAGCAGUACAUUUUCUCUACAAGAGAACCUUAGUACAAAUACAGAUGUUGAUAGAGUCAAAACAGCUGAUUUGUCCAAGGCAUUGGAGAGGAGCAAGAAUAUGGAUAGACCAAAUGUUGUUGCCAGCUCUAAUAAUGACAGAGAACUCUUUUCAAGUGGAAGUCAAAUUAUCCCUUUGGUCAACCCAAAUGAAUCAGAGACAAGCCAAAAGGAAAAUGGAAAAUAUCUUAGUGAGACUGCAACAACGUCACAGUUGCAUACUCAGCCAAAGGACACAGUAAAUGAUCUGCAAUCUCAAUCAGUGCUCACAAUAGCAUCUCCAACAACUACACUUGUACCCACCACUACAAGAAAGAGGGGGUCUGGAGGGCAAUCGCUGCAGAGCCAACGACAACCUUACUCUAGGAGAAGGAAUGGGGCUGGUCGGAGAAAACAGACAAGAAGGAAACAAAAGCUGAAUAAACUCACCAAGUUUAUAGCCACCACACCUACAAAUGCUCCCCUAGCAACAGCAAGGACCACUGCCUCCACACAGCUAAAAAUAGAACCAUUAGAAGUUACAACAGCCAAUUUCAAUACCACUGUUCCAUUCAGUGGCAGCCAAGCAGCGUCAUCAGGCAGACUGAGUCAUGAAGAAAGCACAGUUUCAAGGCAUGACGGCGAGGCAGCCACCAAACUCUUUUCACUACCAGCUUCUCCCCGCGAAACAAACAACAGUCUUCAACCCCAGGCCAAACCACUAUUCAAAAGCACAUCAGCGGCACUGUCAUUUCCAACAGCCUUUCCAGGAGUGGGUCACGGAAGGACAAGUUCUCAGACAACCUUAGGAAUCUCAGAGAGUGCAUCUCCACCAGAGCACUUGGAUAUACUCACAUCAACCACUCAGCAGGGGUUUACAGGCAGCUCUCAUCUACCUGUUAAGCCCUUAGAGGAGAAACAAAAGGUGACAGGAGACCUUGGACCUGCGCCACCCUCUGACAAUUCUUCUAGGAAUUUUCACGCAGUAAUACAAGUUCAAGAAGAUGUCAGGCCAAAUCAAUCUGGCCAUGAAUAUACAACCACUGAAAAGAGUAGAAAGAUGCUUUUGAGAGAAACUGGCAUGUGUUUUUCUCAACUGCCAUCCACAUCCACCUCAGCUGCUUCCUUGAUCGAACAUCAAAUCAAGACAACCUCUGAAUACACUUCAAGUGGCUUAAUCACGACACAGAGCAUGCCUUUUGAUUUAGACACAGAACAGGUUACCACAAAGAAAUCAACAGUACCUAAAAGAUCGUAUUAUAGUUUUCAUCAAAAUAAAACCAGUGAGUCAGAGUUAUAUCGACAUUCCUCAAGGCCUACUACUGUGACCCCAUCCGGAGUGGCACCACAUGUCACACUACACAAAACGUCUUCUACUGUAGCUAUGAGCCCUUCACUCAGGGCCACCACUCAGGAGGCUCCCAGGAUCACCAAUAUUCCAGACAACAAGAGUCAAGACCAACAAAUCCAACCCAUCACCACAUCAGAUCCUAGAACAGCAGACAUCCAUACUGUAACCCACUCAACUGACCACAAACUGGAUGUAUUUAUCAGUACAAAUCCAUCUUUGCCAACCCUAAAAUUUACUAGAGAGCAGACAACUGAGCAGACGGCCACCCCUGCCCCAACAAUGGCUGCAGUCCAAACUAAUCCAUUCAGAGACGGACUGCUAACAAGCACUCAGGAUGUGUCCAGAAAGCACCAGCUACCUGGACAAGGAUCUAUUCCAAGAGGAAAGGCAAAGAUAACUAAGCGUAAUUUCCACACUUUCACUGUGAAAGCUGAAACAGAUGCUCAGCUUCCCUGUGAGGCUGUGGGUGAGCCAAUGCCCUUACUGUCAUGGACUAAAGUUGCCAGCGGGGCAAGUAUUGCUCGGAAUACCCGGGUCCAGAGGUUUGAGGUCCAUCCAAAUGGUACAUUAAUCAUCAGGAACACACAGCCCAUGGAUGAGGGCCAGUACCUGUGCACGGUCCAGAACCAUCAUGGCACAGACAAAAUGGUAAUCAGCCUUGUGGUCCUGUCUCAGCAACCACGGGUCCUUCAACCUCGGCACAGAGACAUCACUGUGCAUCUAGGUGGCAAAGUCGCUUUAGAGUGUAAAGUGGAGGGGCACCCUACGCCUCAAGUCACAUGGGUACUCCCUAACCAUGUCCACAUGACUACUGCCGCACUUAGUGUUGUCGCUCAGCAGCGUGUGGACAUCUUCAAUAAUGGGACCCUCCAGCUCAGCCAGGCCACUUACACAGACAGAGGGAUUUAUAAGUGCAUUGGCAGCAGCGCAGCCGGAAGCGACACAGUUUCAGUCCGCCUUUAUGUCUCAGCAUUGCCACCUGUCAUUCAGCAGACACAAAAUGAGAACAUCACCCUCUCUGAGGGCAGCACUGCCUACAUCCACUGCACUGCCACAGGUGACCCUCAGCCUGUCAUCCGCUGGAUCACACCUGAUGGCAUACAGCACACUGCUUCCCAGUUUGUUACUGGACACAACCUCAUAGUCUUCCCCAAUGGGACCCUCUACAUACAGGGACUGGGCCCGGGAAAUGCUGGGAGAUAUGAGUGCUCGGCCAGUAACGCAGUGGCAUCCAGCAAGAGAACAGUGAUCUUGAGCAUAAAGCGGAAUCCAUCCUCUGGCAAGGCCAGUAUCACCUCAUCUUCCCCCCAGAAAACAGAUGUGAUCUACGGGAGGAAGCUGCUGCUCAACUGUGUGGCAACAGGAGAGCCAGUGCCCCGGAUCAUCUGGAGGACGCCCUCUAAGAAGCUGGUGGAUGCUCAGUACAGUUUUGACACCAGAAUCAAGGUGUUCCCGAAUGGCACUAUAACCGUUCAUUCUGUGACUGACAAGGACAAGGGAGACUACCUGUGUGUGGCACGUAACAAGAUGGGCGAUGACUACGUUCUGCUGCAGGUCAAUGUGCUCACCAGGCCGGCCAAGAUCGAGCAGAAGCAGCAGCGAUCCAGUCAGGAAGUGGUGUACGGUGGAGACCUGAAGGUGGACUGUGUGGCCUCUGGUCUCCCCAACCCUGAGAUCAGCUGGGCACUACCGGAUGGCACCAUGGUCAACCCUGUCAAACAAAGAGACAGUGUCCGCAUGGGGCGUAGUCGCAGGUAUGUGGUGUUUGAUAAUGGGACACUGUACUUCAACGAUGUUGGCAUGCCAGAAGAAGGUGACUACACCUGCUACGCCGAGAACCAACUUGGCAAAGAUGAAAUGAAGGUUAGAGUCAAGGUCAAGGUUGCAACUUCCCCACCACAAAUCCAGGAUAAAGACCAAAAGAUUGUCAGGGUUAUCUAUGGUGAGACUGUUACACUGAGAUGUAACGCCAAAGGGGAUCCAAUGCCAGCCAUCACAUGGCUAUCCCCUACAAACAGACUGAUCUCACCAGCUUUAGACAAACACCAGGUCCUGGAUGAUGGGACAUUGGUGGUUCAAAAGGUCCAACGUUUUGAUGGAGGUAACUACACUUGCAUGGCCAGGAACAAUGCAGGACAAGACCACAAAGUCAUCAGGAUAGAGGUCCUGGUAACAUCUCCAAUGAUCAACGGCUUAAGAGGAACUGCCAACACCAUCAAGGUGACUGCAGUCCAGGAUCAGCGGAAGUUGGUGGACUGUGUGGCAAAGGGAACCCCCACUCCUCGCAUCAUGUGGGUUCUACCAGGAAAUGUGAUCCUUCCUGCACCAUACUACAGCAAUAAAAUGACAGUUCACCAAAAUGGUACCUUGGAAAUCCAAUCACUUAAGAGGACAGACUCUGGGCAGCUGGCUUGUAUUGCUCGUAAUGAAGGAGGGGAGGUCAGGCUGGUGGUUAACUUGGAUGUGAAAGAAGUUGUCGAGAGGCCACAAAUUAGAGGUCCCAAAACAGAUAGCUUGUCGCUAACUGUGGGGAAUGCCAUGAUGUUGAAUUGUUCCUUUGAGGGCUCAACACUACCCCAUGUCACUUGGAUCUUACCCAACGGUACACCUUUGCAUAGUGGUGCUCGGUUUUCAAAAUUUUUGCACCAGCCUGAUGGCUCUUUGAUCAUUAGCAACCCUUCUGUUGCUGAAGCUGGUAUGUACCGCUGUCUGGGGUAUAAUUCUCGCGGGCUUGUGGAGCGUACAAUCACAUUGUCCCCCGGUAGAAAGCCAGAGAUCAACAACAAAUACAACUCUCCUGUCAGUGUCAUGAAUGGGGAAAGAAUUUUGCUAAAUUGUCUAACCAGUGGUGAACCCCUCAGACUAACAUGGACAUUACCCAGUGGGGUUGUCCUCAACCGGCCACAAAUAGCUGGACGAUAUGCUGUACUUCCCAAUGGGACGCUUGCCAUCCAACAAGUAUCAGUCUAUGACAGGGGGUCCUACAUUUGCAGAGCUGCAAAUGAGUACGGCAGCUCUAAGCUUUCUGUAUCGGUAAUUGUGAUUGCAUACCCACCUCGAAUUACCAACGGCCCUCCCUCUGUAACUUACGCCAAACAUGGAGUUGCUGUUCAGUUGAACUGUGUAGCAACUGGCAUCCCUAGAGUGGAGGUAGCAUGGGAAACACCUGAUAAAACCCGCUUGGCUGUCAUUGCGCAGCCGCGCCUUUUUGGAAACAAAUACCUCCAUCCGCAAGGUUCCCUGAUCAUCCAGAACCCGACACAAAGAGAUGCUGGGGUCUACCGAUGCACAGCUAGGAAUGUCAUUGGCAUAGACUCUAAAUCCACAUUUCUCAAUGUGUUCUGAAGGAUUUCGCUAUUCAUCAUGGUCCAUUUUCAUACUGUAUGCCCAAGCAACUGCCUAGUUAAAAGCAGCUAAUGUUUUUAAUGAUCAAAAUGUUGUAAAAACUGCUGUCACAAUGAUGAAAUAAUGAGUUAAUUAAAUCCUGCAAACCUGUGCUUAUCUGCUCUUCCUUCAUAUGGGCUGUAAUUUAAUAACUUCAGUGUAGUUAUAUGUGGUAAGAUACAUGUUGGACCAAGGACUAUAGUAAAUGAACCAAAACAGUUCCCUUCUAUGCUUCUAAGUUUAGGAGUUGUGGAAAAAAUGGCCACAUGAUGGCAACUUACCAAAACUCAGUUCCUCCUUUGCCACUUUUUCCCACUCACAAAGCUAAGUGGUUUUCAGUAGUUUUGGAUAUCCCUUGCUAACAGACAAACUGGACCAAAAACAGAGUCUUUGCAUCGUAGCAUCGUCAGCUGUACAUGCACCUUUGCUUUGAUGACGUAGUACAGUUGCUUCAAUGACAACAAUGACUGAUUAUGUCAAGCUGUAAUGAAUUGCAAAACGUCUGUAUUUUCUAACUUGGAUCUAUUGUUUAACUUAAUAAGAAAAUUUACUGAAAAUGUAAAAUGUUGCCUUUUGUCUUUUACUGAAUUUGAGUAAUCAUUGGUAUCUUGUGCCUUUCAGAAAUGUCCAUCUUACAAGUUUUUCUCAGCCGCUUUAUGAACAUUUCUCAGAUCAGAAUUGAAAUUCUCAAAACUACUUGUUCAUCCUCCACAUCAUCUUGUCACAUCAUAAAAUCAAUUUCUCAUCGGUUUGAACAAAUUGUAAAUGAUUUGACAUAUUGAUAAUUUUCUGCUGUUUUCUACAUUAUCAAUUGCUUAUGUCAUGCUGUUCACAAUGUAUUAUACCGGUUCUCUGUUAAAUUGGCCUACCCCAAAUACUUUGUACUGUUGAAAUUGAUAUGCCCUAUUAAAAAAGUGCAGCCUUGUGCAUUUUCAAUCAUUGUCAUCAAAACCUUAGCCAUAGUGUACAUCAGAAAAUACUUACAGACUACAUUGUUAUAUUGACAACAUGACUUAACAUUUUGACUAUCUUGUUCGUGAACAGUGACCAAAGGACUUGUCAUUCUGAUGGCACUGACAUGUUCACUGACAUAAAGAUUUACUUUUGAGAGAUAGACUAAGGAUUUUAAGCAAGUUACAGGCUUUUGCAGGUAAUCCACUGUGUAGUGCUAUGAUGUGUUUCAAGAAAUGCACUUUGUGUUUUGCAAAUGUGAUGAUUUAAUUAAUGUACCAAAGCGACUGAGAAAAACUGUAAGUAUUUUCUCUAUGUUUCCAUAACUGAGUCAGAUAUUUCAAUAAUAACUGUUUCCUGCUCUCAGCAGUCUUUGAAUCUGCUUCCGAAAAAUGCUGAUACAAGUUCAAUGUCCUUAUUUGUAAAUUAUUUGUCUUUGACAGACUGUGAUGUAUAGCAAUUUGCCCAUAUUUUAAUAAAAAUAUUUCCACCUGUUUCUACUAA